AUGUCAAGCAGCCCUUCCAACGUGUCGUCUCCAGCCUCUUCUGCUUUCACAGCAGGCGAUUUGAAUCUGCAUCCGGUUCCUCGCAUUGGCCUUUCUGCUCCUGCAAGCCUACAAUCUAUCCAAUGCGACGAGGCCGAUGAAGACGUUCCUCCUUUGGACAUCGUUGGACCGUUUGCCGGCGAUCUCAACGCACAGGCCAUUUCUCAGAGUGAUCAGGACCUCCUCAAUCUGUGGAACGACAAGCUUGACUCUGAGUCUCUUGAGUACUGCAGUCGAUGCAAGGAGUCCUGGUUCAACAUGGUCCUUGUAAAUGAUGUCUGUUCUGCCUGCCGUCGUCGUGACGCCGAUGGGAAAAGGCAGCCUCACGAACCUUUCCUCUUCUCCGAAGAAAAUAACCUGGAUCUCGGCAGCGUUCCCAACGAGCUCCCAGAGCUAUCCCAAGUCGAGGAGAUGCUCAUUGCGCGGGUGCAUGUCCACAUCCAGGUUUUCCAGUACCGUGGCCAGCAGUAUAAGUAUCGUGGUCAUGUCAUUAACUUCUUACGGGAUAUUGGCCACGUCUAUACGCAGCUUCCUCUUCUGCCGCGCGAAUUGGACAUCAUCAUAAUACGCCCACGGGAUUCAACGAACCAGCCACACGUCGUCCGGCAGUUUCGACGUCAAUUCCGUGUUAGGCAAGGUCACAUUCGCGUCUGGCUUGAACACCUUCAACUCAACCACCCUGGCUAUCGAGAUAUCAUCAUUGACGCUGAGCGCCUAAGUCAGCUACCAAACGACGAGCACCCUGACCCUGAGGCCGUUGAGGAUGCCGAUGCAGCUGGCAUUGAUGACUACGAUGCAGCAGCAAUCCCAAACUUCAUUGCAGCGCAGGCUGACCUUGAGCGUCUCCGGGCUCAGCUUGAGGAUCACGAACCCGUACCGCCCGAGCAGAUCCCUCUGCGCCAGGCCCACAUCGAGAUGCCUAAUAUCCGGUCUACACCUCUCAAUGAGUUCAAUCGUUCCCAGCCUCUGCUGUCUCUCGCCUUUCCUACCCUCUACCCUACUGGGCAGGCAGACUUCGUGGCGCCUCGUCAGAGGACAAUUCGUUCCUUCUUUCUGAAGAGGCCUGGCCUGCAGCAGCAAGUUGACAUGGAUGAACUACGCAAUGCCUUUGAGGAAGAUACCCCAGAAUCUCGCGCACUGUUGAGCUCUAUUGUGCGCUUCUCAAGCAGCUUGAAAGGCACACGAGCUUACUGGGGCGGCCAGAGACAUCAGCUUGAGGCCAUCGUCCACGGCCUUACCUGUCCUGGUGUCUUCCUCACCUUCUCAGCUGCUGACCUUCACUGGGAUAGCCUCCAGAGACACAUGCCGUCAUAUGUUGAAUGGCGUGAGGCUGAUGGCCGUGGUAAGGGUGCUAUUGCGUUCCGGAAUCUCCUUGAAAACCCUCAUAUCGCAGCAUAUCACUUUCACAGCCGUUUUACUAGCUUCCUUAAGAUAUACUGCUCUAAAGCUGAGAAGCAGACGGAGAGCUACCGCGACGUCGCCAGGGCCAUCUUGCCUAGAGUCAAUGCACGACAGGGUCUCGUCAGCUUCGUCGCCAAGUUCAUGAACAAGCUUACGGCUGAGCGUGACUGGUCUGCUAUGGAGAUUAACCACCUGCUGCUCAGCCUACCACUCCAGCAAAGCACGAGGACUCCCUACAUUGGCAAGUAUCCGGAUUUAGCCAUUCUGGGGCAUGACUAUUGGAAGGAGCUUAAAGCUUCACACCCCCUAGGCAACAACCAAGAUGAUGUCCCUGAUGGCCUCUUUGAUCAGCUUAACGUCGAGCAGCGCACUGUGUUUGACCUAUUUACUCGACAUCUUGAGAAGGCUCUCGACCCUCAACAGCCAAACCCGGCACCGCUCCUUGUGCAGGUAGACGGAGAAGGCGGCACAGGCCCUACAGACAUUGCCAACCUACAGUCAAAGCUACGCAACCUCCGCUACCUCAUUAUCGACGAGAAGUCAAUGAUUGGCUUGCGUACUUUUGGCUACAUUGAUAGCCGCCUCCGACAAAUAUUUCCCGAAUAUCAAGACACCUUUUUCGGCGGCCACUGGGAGCUGCUCUGCACCCGCGUCCAGGCCAAUCUGACCUUAGCCGAGGUUACGUGCUUUGACGGGGCAGUACGCAUCUACACAACGAAUGCCCAGGUUCGGGCAACAAAUUUACCCAUUUGCAUUGGGGCAAGAGUUAUGUUGACUGAGAACGUCUGGACUGAUGUUAGCCUUGUUAAUGGUGCACUGGGGACCAUAUAUGACUUUGCCUAUGAGGAUCACGUACAGGAUCCUCAAGCUCAUCAUCCCUUUGUCAUUAUGCCUAUCUUUCGCUCCUGGCGGGACUUCAUCAAGGGUAGUAUGCCCUGCUCUCGCACUCAGUUUCCCUUGACAAUUGCAUAUAGCAUCACUGUGCACAAGGCACAGGGUGCUACGCUUGAAUGGGUUGUUGCCGAUAUAUCCCAUCGCGAUUUCCAGUCUGGCCUCACCUACGUCGCCGUCUCGCGCGCCAAGACGUUGAAUGGCAUCAUGUUUGAUGCGUCCUUUGAUCUCAAUGAUAUCCGGCGUCGCACGGAUGGCUCUAUGGCUGCUCGGGCUGCUGACGCUGCCCGGCGUGCUGGCCAGGUUGUGACUGCCCAGGAAGCAUUGAAUUGA